GGAAACAUUCCUUCCCGGUUCCCUUUAGUCCUUGCUCUGGUGGGACAUGGAAGCAAGUGUUGAGAAGGUGGCCACAGCCUAGGCCCUGACUGGGGUGCAGGGCCUCCUCCAUAGCUAAAUGUUAUCUAGGCUGGGGAGGAAGGGGUCUUCAGUGCACCUACAUUGGUAUGCGGAAGCCAGGCCUUGCACUGUUGCGGGGUUAGAGAAAAGCUUGGGUCAGGUGGCUGGACAGGAGGGAGCGAGCUAGCAGUCCUGUUGGGCCAAAUUGAGCUCCAGGCACCUGGCAUCUAGGCUUAUCAAGGAGGUCUGAUAGUGACGUUCUUUGCAGGAGUGGAGUCAGAGGCAGAAAGAAGGGUGUGGGGGCAGCUCCUCUGGUCCAGGUUAGAGUUUGGAGGAGCCUGCAGGGCACUCCUUGGUUUACCUUUGGUGAACUCUUUAGGCCUUUCAGUGAUUGGCAAUUCCAAGCCUGGUGGCUGUCCUUGGAGACAGUGGCAGAAAGAAGGUGAAAUGACUAGCCCAUGGAAUUGCUGGGCUUGGAUUACACCCCUAAGAGGCUGAGGAUGAGUUGACUCCCCAUUCAUGGCCCAGGGGGCCCCCCAGUCCAAAGAUGAGGACUGGUGCCUCUGCUGGCCCAACUCCCUCUUUCUUUCAGGACCCAGCCUCUCCCUUCCUGGCCCACCCUCAUUGAGGCCCUCAGGCCCCCGCUGGUGCCAGCUGGGGAAAAGGCCUUAGCUUGAACACAGCCGGCAGCUCUGGGCCCCAAACCGGUUUUCCCACCUCCUCUGGGCUGGCAUGUCACCCCUGUGGUUCCCUCCCCCACCUCCCUGCAGUUCCUCUCUCCACCCUGGAAUGUUAAGGGGGGGAUAUCCAGGUCAUCUUUUGUCCCUUACCUGCCAUGGGUGUGGUUCCUUCUUGAAAGGCAAGGUGCUUUGAAUGACUUUUAAAUGAGAAGGUUUCAAAGGUUCCACACGGGACCUUAAGCAUUCAGGGAUCCCCUCCAGGUUUUGAAGGCUUCAAAACUAAGUGGCAGUGACAAGUAGUUGGGAUUCCCCUGACACCUCCACUAAUCCCCACCCUGGAGCCCAUCCGAGUUCUGGAGGAGACCAGCAAGCCAAGCCGACCCUGACCUGCCCUGGAGUAAGCAGGUGGGAGCAAAAGCCUCCCCAAGUGUCCCUGACCAACUCUAGUCCCUCGCCUCACAUACCAACAAGGCAAUCACUUUCGUGUGUCUCCUAUCAACAAGAACACCUCUUUUGCUGGAACUGAGAUCACGUCAAUGAUAAUACCAAGCGAUGUUACCAGGUAGGCCCUUGCUGUAUGCCAGGCGCUGUGCUAAGCACGUCAGAUGCUCACAAAGCCCCUCUGAGGUAGGUAAAACCAUGAAAAAACAGGCACAGAGAGGUCCAGCCAUACCCAAAACCAUACCGCUAGUCUGGUGGAAGCAAGCUUUCUCUAGGGACUAACCCUGGAAGUGCCCCUGUACCCCUUCACUAAGGAUCCAUAUUCCUAACCCUCCUGUAGGCAGUGCUCUUUUGAAAAGGAACUGUUAAUGAACCAAUUUGUAACCCUAGCUCUCUGGAGGGAGACAAGGGAAGUGUCUGUAGUAGCCUCACUGCUCCUAUACCUGUAACCAACUCCCAUUUUCCUAGUCCCCACACAAAUAACAGGUCUUCUAUAAAUCCUUUUUCUAUCACCCCUCUGGGACAAAUAGGUAAGGUCUGUCUCUGUUUCACAAAGCAGGAAAUAGGGUUAAGGAGUUAAAUGACCUGCCAAGACGCUAACCUUGAGCUCUGGUGUUCUUCCUGAGAGUCUCGGUUACGUAUUAAGUGCCACAUGGGACACUGCCGUGGAGGCAGGGUGGGUACUGGUGAUGGCCCCAUGAGCACAGAACCUUGAGAGUGACUGGCAAGGAGGCUGUCACACAGACUGUUACAGUCCAGAUGGGAAGCACUGGUCAUUAAAACGGAUUCCCAGUUAAAGCUGACAAACACUGGGAUGCUCCCUUCACUUGCAACUGAUUGCCAAGGACCCAGAAGUGGGUAGGGGUCUCAGCCUUGGGAAUGUUGGUGCAGUGGGUUCUGUGGGCCUACUUGGCUUUCUCAGGCCCCAGAGCAGGCCAAUGGCUGGUCAGUCUGUGGCGUGGGCCCAGAGGUGAUUCCUUCUUGGGGAGCGAGGAAGACAAGGCCAUCUUUUCAAAGGUCGAUCCUGAGAGGAGGUCAUGGAGCAGAAACUACAACUCCCAGAAGCCCAUGCUCCUCGGAGACUUGAUGGUUGCCAUGGCUUCAGAAAACAAUAUGGCUGCUCCCAGCUAGGACAAGAGUCAGGAUUAGAGAGGUAGAGGCGGGUGUGGGCGCCGGCAGUGGAGGGAGAGGAAGCGCUGGAGGUGUCUUGAGUUUAGGAUUGGACGCUGCACGGCUGGAACAGUCUGCUGAGGGCGCCGAUGGCGGGUAACGUGGACGAGGAGGCGUUACACCAGCUGUACCUGUGGGUGGACAACAUCCCUCUCUCCCGGCCCAAGCGAAAUCUCUCACGGGACUUCAGUGACGGAGUCCUGGUCGCAGAAAUUAUCAAGUUUUACUUCCCCAAGAUGGUGGAGAUGCACAAUUAUGUUCCUGCCAACUCUCUUCAGCAGAAACUCAGCAACUGGGGUCACUUGAACAGGAAGGUGUUGAACAAGCUGAACUUCUCAGUACCAGAGGACGUGAUGCGCAAGAUUGCUCAGUGUGCCCCGGGCGUGGUGGAGCUGGUGCUCAUUCCUCUGAGGCAGCGCCUGGAGGAGCGGCAGCAGAGACGCAGGAAGCAGGGCACAGGCUCACUACAGGAGUUGGCUCCCCAGGAUGGCACUGGCUACAUGGAUGUGGGGUUGUCCCAGAAGGUCGCAGGGGAAGGUGUUCUGGACCCCAAGGAAGGGGGGCAGCUCAGGGGUGUGCGGCUGCCAGCUCCCCAUCCUCCAAGAUACAGCCAGGCUCUGCAGGGCGAUCCAAGUUUCGUCCUCCAGAUUGCUGAAAAGGAACAGGAGCUGCUGGCUUCACAGGAGACAGUGCAGGUCCUGCAGAUGAAGGUGAGGCGCUUGGAGCACCUGCUCCAGCUCAAGAACGUGCGCAUCGACGACCUUUCCCGAAGGCUCCAGCAGGCGGAGCGUAAGCAGCGGAGAAUGGACCGUUUUCCAGAACUCAGGAGCCAUGUGCAGAAACCUGGCAUGCACCCCAAAACUGUGCCCCGCACCAGGGCCUCAGCCUUGGUGCUCCCUAUGCUGGGCCCAGGGAGGCAGUCCCCCAGUUCAGUCCAAACCCCUAGAACUAAGUGCCCACCUAGCUCUGAGGACAGUGCCGUUUCCAUCCAGGCUAGUUCUCCAACCCCUGGGUCACGUGGAAAGUUGCCCUUAGCAGCAAAGGAGCUCUCUUGCCCCUCCCAGUCACUCACUUGGGAUCAGGCUCAAGGCUGGAGAGUGCAGCAGCUAGAGAGGAAGGGGCUUAGCCAGGGAUAGGGACGACAUCCACACACCUAUCCCAGUCACCCUCCCCUCUUGUGGAGUACCUUUGAGAAUGUUUGGGGGAUAUGGGACAGGUUGCCCCCAUUAAAGAUGUUGUGCCUUCUUCUGUGC